CAGAGAUUGCCAUAUACGAAUCGUAGCCCCAUGGCGCCGAAAUAUUCUAACUCCACUGAGGCGAAGGAGCGUCGUCGCGAGCAAAACCGACUGGCUCAGCGACGAUUUCGACAAAAGCACUAUCAGCAGAAGACAAUCGGACCUGAGCGUGUGCGGACUCCGAGCCCGAACCCCCUCCCCGACGGCUCGGAUACUCAAAUCACCCACGACAGCCUGCGUAAUACACCGGUUGUAUCCCGGAUGACUUCCAUCAACCCCGCUACGCAGGGUUGUGAUCCGGGCCUCGACACUGUGAACACAGCCAUCUUCCUGGAUUCAUUUGACUUCAGUGCAGCCAACACUCUCUUUGCUUCAGAGCUCAACUCCGUGGACCCUGCGCUCCAACUCACCCCCGCCGCAUCAGACUCAGCCGUGCAACUCCCAUCAGCGGUUCCUUCAGACGAUAGCGGUGGUAGCGAGGCGACACAUUGCAAUCUUGGGGGUGAUGCAAUUAGAAGGGGGAAUAGCAAUCAUGGCAAGACUGUGGGCAAGUGUUGUACUAGUCCAUUGCAGCGGGCAGUACAAAUGGGCCACGGCAAGAUUGUUAGGCUAUUGCUUGAACAUCAUGCAGAUUACAAUGAGAAGGACCCCGAAGGCAGGACACCUUUGAUCAAUGCCACUAUUGCUGGAUUCGAAGAUGUCGUCGAUCUGUUGCUAUCACACGGGGCUGGAAUUGAAUAUGUAGACCACCAGCAUCACUCUGCCCUACAUUGGGCGGUAAUACAUCGCCAAGAUCGGUUACUUAAAAGACUCUUGAUGCAUUGUGCUGGGAACAGCAAGGUGAUUAAUGAAUGCACCAAAGACGGGAGAACACCCCUCCUGAUUGCCAUUGAUGCAGGUUUUGAUGCAGCAGUGGAGGCCCUGCUAGAGUCUGGGGCGGAUGUGCAAUGACAUCUAGUUAGAGAUAAGUUAGCAACAACAGUGCUUU